ACAAGUUAGAUCGUAGCUCGCGCUUGGAGCCUCAAACAACAAACUUUGCACUCCUUCCUUCAUUCAUUCCUUCAUUCCCGCUUAUUUCCCUGCCAAGGUCACCCACCAAUGAAACCAUGCAUCUCCACCGCUUAAGCCUCUUCCCCGGACCCCGAAGUCUACGUCUACGUUUACGGGGUUACUCUACGAGUUUGUCUGAAGCUGUCGACCAGUCAAAGUCGAAGCUACCUUUGAAAGGAUUGAGAGUCUUGGAUUUGACGAGGGUACUUGCUGGACCGUAUUGUACGCAGAUAUUAGGAGAUCUUGGGGCGGAAGUCAUUAAGGUUGAACACCCAACACGUGGGGAUGAUACUAGGGCGUGGGGACCACCGUAUGCACCUUCGAAAGAUGGGGGGAAGGGUGAGAGUGCUUACUUUUUGGCUGUUAAUCGGAACAAAAAAUCCCUAGGACUCUCCUUCAAGCAUCCAUCCGGCCAAUAUAUUCUCCAGCACCUAGCCAAAGCCUCUGAUAUCCUCGUGGAGAACUACCUGCCCGGGACCCUCAAGAAAUACGCACUGGACUACCCGACCCUGCACGAAAUGGCCCCUCACCUAAUCUACGCGAGCCUAACAGGCUACGGCCAGACGGGGCCGUACAAGGACCGCACGGGCUACGAUGUGAUGGUAGAAGCAGAAAUGGGGCUCAUGCAUAUCACUGGGGAGCCUGAAAGGCCGCCGGUGAAGGUCGGGGUUGCGGUCACGGACUUGACCACUGGGCUGUACUGCUCCAAUUCAAUCCUCGCAGCAGUGAUUGCCAGAGCCGGGAAUGGUGGAGUGGGACAGUGGAUUGAUGUUGCGUUGAGUGAUUGCCAGGUUGCUACUUUGGCGAAUAUUGCUAGUUCCGCUUUGAUAUCUGGGAAGGGGGAUGAGGGCAGGUUCGGGACGGCGCAUCCUUCUAUCGUGCCUUACGAGUCUUUCCCUACCGCUGAUGGGAAUAUUUUAUUGGGUGGUGGGAAUGAUAGACUUUAUGCUAUACUCUGUCAGAAGAUUGGGAAACCAGAGUGGAUAACUGAUCCGCGGUUUGCGACCAACGAGGAACGUGUCAAGAAUAGGAAGAUUCUGGUCCCUAUGAUGGUGGAAAUAACUAGGUCUAAGACUACCCAGGAAUGGUUGGAGAUAUUUGACUCCAGCGGAAUUCCGUACGCCGCUGUCAACGACAUUCAAGCCACGUUAUCCCACUCCCACGUUAUCGCCAGAGACAUGGUCAAGACAGUGCACCACCCGACAUGCGGCGACAUUAAACUCGUAAACACCCCGGUGAAGUAUUCUGAUUCCACGCCGGGAAUCAGGACACCACCCCCCACGCUGGGUCAGCACACGGACGAAGUGUUGAUGGACCUUCUUGGAUUAAGCAGUUAUGCGGUGGAGGAACUUAGGAGAGACGGGGUUGUGGCUUAG